UCAGGAAAAUCACAUAUCGCUCUCAUUAGCCCAGGACGUGAGGGAACAGAGUGGGAGAAGGAAAAAAAGGUCUUCAAGCAAAAGAGAUCAUGGUGAGGCGGAAGCUAGGUCCAUCCGCUCGCUCCGUCUACCUUGGCCUGGCCUGCGUCUCCCUUUCCUUGCACGUUAUUCUCGCAUUCUUUUGCCUCACUGUCCUCCAAACAGCCUGUGUCCUUCCCGACUCAUCUUCCUCCUCCUUAAAUCCAAACACAGAUGCCCAGAAGGACAUUUCGGCAUCACACAAACUAUCAAUAAGUUCCCGGAAUGAGAAACCGUACAAAUCAAAUGCCAGCACAUGGCCCAAUGCCAUUGGCGGAGAGAAAAAAAUGAUGGGCGGUGGAAAACUAAAUCAAGUGAUGGAGGAGGCCUCCAAGCUGGAGGUGCUUUUCAAGCACCCGCUGUACAACCUGCCAGAAAUAGGGCUGCUGGAAGAUGACUGGCUGCUGAGGGUGAAGAAAAAGGAGGACGAGGAGGACGCCAUCCAUAGUGACACUCAGUGGCAGAGUGCCAGUCGGGAGGAGAAAGGCUACGACAAGGUUUCUUGGAGCAGCGACGAAGAGUCGCACCCACCCUGGUUACGAUUCCACUUGGGGAUCACUCGAUGGCAACUGUACGACAGAAAGGACCUGACUGUGUCAAAGUUGACGCAUCACUUGGCAACGCAACGCAUCCUCGGAGCAGUUCAAAAGUCAGGAGGCACUCAACUCAAACUGCUAAUAUCUUUCCCAAACUACGGACAAGCUCUGCUCAAACCUAAGAAACAAUCCAGAGAUGCAGAGACGGACGUGAACCUCUUUUACUUCUCUGACUUUGAAAGACACAAUGCGGAGAUCUCCGCUUUUCACCUUGACAGACUACUGGGCUUCAACAGAAUCCCCCCAGUGGUCGGUCGUCUCAUCAAUGUCACCAGUGAGAUCAGAGAGAUUACCACUGACCGCAAACUAUCUCGCACCUUCUUCACUUCCCCAGCGGGCAAUGUGUGUUUCUACGGUCAGUGUGAAUACUACUGCUCGACAGAGCACCCAGUGUGCGGGCAACCUCACUCACUGGAGGUAUCCUUGGCGGCCAUGUUACCCCAUCUCAGCCUUGCCCCUCGCAGGUCUUGGAGGUCACCAUGGAGACGGUCCUAUAGCCGCACCAAAUUGGCCCAGUGGGAGAAAGACCCCGCCUAUUGUGACACAGUCAAACAGACGCCUCCCUACAACCACGGCACCAGGCUGGUGGAUGUUAUCGACAUGGCUGUAUUGGACUUCCUCAUGAGCAACAUGGAUAGACAUCACUAUGAGACGUUUGAAAAAUUUGGCAAUGAAACUUUCCUGCUGCAUCUGGAUCACGGACGAGCGUUUGGCCGUCACUCUCAAGAUGAGCUAUCAAUUUUAGCUCCCUUACAGCAGUGCUGCAGGAUCCGUCGCUCCACCCUUCUCCGCUUGCGUCUCUUGUCCCAUCCAAAUUUCCGCCUGAGCGAUGUCAUGCGGGAAUCUUUGGCCGAGGAUCCUCUUGCAGCUGUUGCUCCACUCCUGUCCGAGUCACAUCUCACUGCUUUGGACCGACGCCUAGCAACUGUCCUGCAGGUGGUGGAAACCUGUGAAGAACAUCACAAUAAUGUCAUUUUCAAUGACUUGGGAAAAUACAUUGAAGAUGAUGAGCACCCAACUAAAUCAGUCCAAAACAAGAUGGGACCUGGACUUAUGGAUCUGAUUUAG